AGGUUGAACCGCAGCUAAUCUUCUUUCCACACCGAAGCAAUGCUAGAUGACGAAGAGAUCCAUCAGAAAGAAAAAACAAAGAAGAAAUAAUUAAAUAAGGAGUAGAAGCCAUGUAGAGAGACAUUUCAAUUAGUACUCGUACAGGGUCCUUUGGGGAAACAUAAAGGGAAGAGGAUGGACCAGGCACUGCUGCACAAGACUGAGGACAGGGCGUCUUUACUCACAUGGGGUGCCUUCGUGGAAGAGCUAAAGAAGAUGAGCUCCUUGGCAGCUCCGCUGAUGUUGGUGGCGAUGACACUGUACCUAUUGCAGGUUGUAUCAAUGAUGAUGGCAGGGCACCUUAGUGCACUGUCUCUCUCUGGGGUCUCGAUUGCCACUUCUUUCACCAAUGUCACUGGCUUCAGCCUCGUGAUUGGAUUAGCUGGGGGUCUGGAAACUCUUUGUGGUCAAGCUUAUGGAGCAGGGCAAUAUAAAAAGUUCGGAAGCUACACUUAUGGCGCAAUGAUAUCACUCAUUCCAAUUUGUCUUCCCGUAUCUGUUCUUUGGAUAUUCAUGGACAGGAUACAAAUAGCAAUAGGAAUAGACUCUGAUAUCUCAAUUGUAGCCCGCAAAUAUGCGAUUUGUCUAGUUCCUGCGUUAUUUGCCAAUGCGAUUCUUAUUCCUUUGCUUCGCUACUUCCAGUGUCAAAGCAUGGUUCUCCCAAUGCUUUUAAGCAACUGUGCAACUGUGUGUAUCCAUAUCCCUCUUUGUUGGGCUCUAGUUUAUAAAUGGGAAUUAGGGUACAUUGGGGCAGCAUUAGCCAUUGGUUUGUCUUAUUGGUUAAAUGUGUUCUUCCUUGCACUUUACAUGGCGUUCUCUUCGUCUUGUGAGAAAACCCGGGGUCUUUACUUGGAUGAUAUUUUCUCAAGCAUAAAGGAGUUUCUGCACAUUGCCUUCCCUUCUGCUGCAAUGAUUUGCCUUGAGUGGUGGACGUUUGAGCUACUUUUGUUGCUGGCCGGGCUUCUUCCUGAUUCCAAGCUGGAAACAUCUGUUCUUUCUGUUUGCCUGACAACCGUGUCCUUGCACUACUAUGUACAAUAUGGAAUUUCUGCAGCUGGAAGCACUCGGGUUUCGAAUGAAUUAGGAGCAGGAAAUCCAGAGAUAGCUCGAGGGGUUGUCUACGUAUCACUGAUCCUUUCAACUACCGAGGCAGUUAUAGUGAGCACAGCUCUCUUCUUCUGCCGCCACAUUUUUGGAUAUGCUUUUAGCAAUGACAAGGGAGUUGUGGACUAUGUUGCUGAAGUGGCUCCCCUGAUUUGUCUCUCAAUUAUCAUGGAUAGCUUUCAAAUAGUACUUUCUGGGAUUGUUAGAGGAUGCGGGUGGCAACACAUAGGUGCCUUUGUCAACCUGGGGGCAUAUGAUUUAGUUGCAGCUCCAAUAGCUGUUCUACUGUGUUUUGUUGCGCAUCUCAGAGCGAAAGGCCUUUGGAUUGGAAUAUUAACUGGGACUACUGUGCAGGCAACAUCAUAUGUUGUCAUAACUGCAUUGAUCAAUUGGAAAAAGCAGGCAUCAGAGGCAAGGAAGAGGAUCUUCGAGGGGACAUGUUCGACUAAUGACGAAUUGCCUUGAUCAAAAUAAAAACAUGACAGAACCAAUGUGCUUGAUGAUGAGUUUGAGAAAUCAGUGCUAUUCUUGUAAUCAUCUUUUUUUUCCGAUUCAUUAUCUACAUGUCUUUCCAUACCAGAAAUGGAGAUAAUUCAACUCCAUUGAAGCACAAAAUAACGUUCUUGCCACAUAUAGAAGGCUUACAUAGCAUAUCGAAUUCGACUACUUAGCAACAAGUUUGACCUGGUAAGUAACUA